AUGCUGACCCCGAAGCAUAACGGUUUCAUUGAUGAAGAUGACGAAACCGACGAGGAGAAGAGCAAGCACACGGCUUCGAUAAAAGGCAUGUGGAAGAAAGCGUUCAAAUCUCUCAAAUCAAAUGAUAAGCAACCCAGGAUGUCCAAGAAGGGGAGCGUGAUCAAGAGGAGAGAUUCAGAUACAGAGGAGAAACCACCAGAACUGUAUAAAGACAUCGACCCUGUCUACAGUCUACUGAAAUGCGCCGCAGAUUUGCCGAAGGUUCCCAAAAUACAGAAAGAAGGCACAUGCUCAAGUUUUCUGUCAAGUAAAGGUGACUGUAGCGACAGCACGUCCAAGACUUCAAGCCCCUCAUCCUCAGAACAUCAUCAUCAUCACCAUCAUCACCCGACGUUCUCCACUCAGCUAAGUCUAGAAUCGGCCAUCAGUGCCAGAAGAGAGAGUCGUGCAAGUUCCCCAGCCAUCGCCCAGCGUGAACUGAUGCACCACCUGGUGGACGAAAGCUUAGGGUCUGAGUUUCGAACAUUCUACAAGCUGACAAGUCCCGUGAAGAAGAAUUUUCCAGAAGGUGCAUUCAAGAAACAGGCUCGAAACUCUGUUUAUUUUUAA